AUGGGAAAUAAUAAUUCGACAAUCGAACAACCUCUCCAAAGGCAAUCAUUGAAAUCAUCACUAAAUGGGAAAAGAAGCAUACGUUAUCCAAAGGGAACCUUCCGCAAUAAAAAAAAUAGAGAAUCACAAAAUAUUAUGAGCUCGCCAUCACCACGAUUUUAUUUAAAGCGAGAUAAUUCCGUUCAUGAGCCCGUUAGACAGCAAACGAUACCUUCUUUAACCGUUGAUCCUCGCACUUUACUGAACAAAAUUAAAUCCUUGGAAAAUGAAAAUUCACAUUCUGAUGACGUUCAAGGAUGGGAUUCCUCGGCUACCUUAAACAAUAACACUUUUUCAACAGGAUCAACCUUCACUUUGGCACCCUCCGAUGAAAGGACAUCAUCUCCAUCCUUGGAAACGGAAUCCAUAAUAUCAAUCACCCAAUCAGAGCGUGAGGUGACCGGGCACUUCACUGAAACUCCUAUUGUUGAAGAACCCGAUUGUUUUGACGAUAAUUCUGAUCAUUCGAUAAACAUACCGAAUUCAUCAUUAUUAUUUUCCAGGGAACAUGACAAUAGCUCAGAAGAGACCGCCACAUUAAAUCCAUCAUUAUUUAACUCGGACGAAUUUUACACCUUGCCGGAGGUUCACGUAAUAUCUUUAUUGCAACGAGAUGACAUCGAGAUGGCUGAAAUUGAGAUAUGGAAUCAAUUGGUCGCGUGGGGGGUUAAGAAUGCCUUACCAAACUCAGCGAAACGAUUAUCCAGAUGGGAUGAGCAGGAUUUCGAGGCAUUAAGGGAAAGAUUAAAGAAUUGCGUAUCCUGGAUAAGGUUCUUUCAAAUCAAACCUCAGGAAUUUGCGGAAUAUGUUUGGCCGUAUAAGCAGAUCCUUCCCAAAUCAAUAAUUGGAAAUUUCUUAAGGCAACAAAUUACCGGUCACCCUCCAAUUAUAGAAACUCGUCAAAAUCCGCCAAGGAUUCCAUCCGCCGAUAUAGAUUCCACCGUUAUUACCGGCAGACAUGCAUCGAUAUUGGCUAGCUGGAUGCAACAAGAUGAUUCAGUGGUUGGAGGGAAAAGUCCUUUUAACUUUAGUUUACUAUAUCGUGCAAGUAGAGAUGGAAUGUCAUCCAAGGAGUUUCACGAGUUAUGUGAUGGUCAAGGUCCAACGGUUCUUGUGAUCAAAGUGGUUAACUCCAAGCAAAUAAUUGGUGCAUUUAACCCCUUAUCGUAUCAAAAAUCUCGAACUAGCUUGUUACGUAAAAAUAAAUUAAAAAGGAUGUCGACAGAUUCUGCCUAUUGUGGUAAAGAUUACCAAAAUGAAAAAGAGGCUAAAAUUGGUUCCUUUCUGUUCUCGUUUCAAACUCGUUAUUAUCCUGAAGAAACUGCUGUGAUUAGUCGUAUAAUACCUGAAUGUGUAAAUGAUGCAAUAAAGCAUUCUCGGGAUGGACCCUGUUUUGGUUUAGGCCCGGAUUUAUCGAUUAAUCUAAAUGGUGAAAAGAUUUGUCAAGUGUUUCCGACUUCUUAUCAAAAUCCUAUUAUAAAUUUUGAGGGGAAAUUCGAAUAUGAGGAGGUUGAAGUUUUCAGUGUUAUGAAUAUGGAACAAUAG